AUGGCGGAGAACAGGACUUCGGACAACGUCGUUAUGCCGGACAUUACCGAAGUAUCCGAAGCCGAUCCGCUGGCGACGGAGACCGAGCACGAUUCCGAUCGUACUGAUGGCCGUGCUGUUUUAGCGAGUGAAAUCAAGACCACUCGACUUUCCAGUGAUUCAAAUGGUGUCAUUACAGUACCAGUGUCUUUACCAGUCGGAACGCUUAUAACUGGCACCACAUUCAAUGUAAUCACGUCUGACCAGCUGCCACAUUUUAAACCUAUGAUAUGUGUUGACAACGGUUUUAUUUCGGGCGGGCCUGUUUCUGAGGACAUAAAAGCUACACACAUCGUUAUACAAAAUCCUUCAUCUCCUCCAGUUCGUGAGCAAACUCACGACGAUGCUAGUUCAAGUUCUACUCCUUCAACUCGCGCAGCUAGUGCUCGAUCAUGGGCAGAAACUGCAAAUAUGCCAGUCUUGCCAGUACGGUGCAAAAAUACGUCAGCUGAGCUUCACAAACAAAGAUUUGGAUCUGGAGGUCGGGGCCGAUGUAUCAAGUAUGGUAUGGAGUGGUACACUCCUAGUGAGUUUGAAGCAUUAUGUGGUCGAGCUUCUAGUAAAGACUGGAAGAGGUCAAUUCGAUUUGGUGGCAGAAGUAUACAAGCAUUAAUCGAUGAAGGUAUUUUAACACCUCAUGCAACAAGUUGUACUUGCGGGGCAUGUUGUGAUGAUCAAUCAGCUAUGGGUCCAGUCCGCCUUUUUACUCCUUAUAAACGCAGAAGACGUAAUAAUCAAGAACCUGAAGAAAAAAAACCUAAGACUAAACGAGAUACCAUACUUGUAGAGAGUGAUGUAGAUAAUAUCCACCAGACAAGUAAUAAUAGCCAUUCAAAGGAGGCAUGGCAAACAAUAGCAGAAGGAUUGGAAACCAGUGGAGAUUAUCAUUUGUUGGAAAAUCCUGAAACAAAACCUGAUCCUACGUUAGGUAAUGAUAAGCGGCUACCAGAUAUGAGUGCUGUAUUAAAACGUUUGGAAGAUAUUGGCCAAACACUUGUACGAGUUGCUGGGGAAUUGAAACAGUGUGUAGAAGAUGUUAGAAUAGUUAGCACAAGGCAGAUAGAAAGAUUAGAGCAAGAGAGAGCAUCUGCAUUGCUUGCUGCAGGUGUAGAAGCUCAUGUUGAUGCUGAACAAGUUUCCCUUCAUAAUGUUGAGGAUACAGAGUCAAAAAAGUGUGCAAAUUGUAACCGGGAAGCAUCAGCAGAAUGUUCCUUGUGUCGGCGCACUCCAUAUUGCUCUACUUAUUGUCAAAAAAAGGACUGGACAUCCCAUCAGAUCGAAUGCCUUCGUAACAUUGCCAUAAGGCAUAUAGCUGUACCCUGA